AUGUACCCUAUAAUAUUAUUUUUGGCUAUAGUUAUAGUUGUAACUAUAUUAGAUGUGUGCCCCCAAAUUCCAAAAUUUUAUGCAAGAAAAUUGACUCAUAUAUUAUGUGGAGUAUUUAUUUUAAUGUUCGAUAUCGUUAUAAAUGGAACGAGAAGAAAUGAAUCUCAAAUUUUAGGAAAAUCUCAAACAACUAAUAAUGAAUAUGGUGUCUAUUUUAUAUACAUUGUUGCAAUAGUUUCAAUAUUGAGAUGCUUUUUUUACCCGUUUAGGUUUGGAGAGUAUCGUGAUAAAGGAAUAAUUGUUUAUAACACGAUUGUGUCAUUAUUUUUUUUUUUCAAGUUACCAUUAUAUGUUUUAACUCCCAUAUUUUUUGCUGAUCCGAUAGCGGCUAUUGUUGGACAGUAUUUUUCUAAGCACAAAAUAUAUAAAAACAAAACAUUGCAUGGAACUCUAGCAUGUUUUUUUGUUUCUCUCAUUUCGCUAUUUUAUGUGAAAAAUUAUAUCCACGCUUUAAUUUUAAGUUCAUCAUUAUGUCUUUUGGAAUUAUAUGGAGGAACUCUUGAUAAUUUUUUUAUGUGUUUUCCCGUAAUAAUUUAUAUGUUAUUUUUUAAGGUGUAG